GGUUGAGGUGUUGUCCAUCUCAAGCCCACCGCUGGUUUCUUUCUAUUCAAAUAUCUAUCAAAACUAAAAAAGCUCUAUCAAUUUGUAAACAACCUCCAAAUUUCCCUGAUUCACAGUCCAUUUCCACGAAAAGUUCACAUAUUCUGCUAGAAAUACUUGUAUUUCGUACCAUAUACAAUGGAAGAGAACAAGAGUUCACCGAUGAAGGAGGAUAAACAGCCCCAAGAGCAAGAAGCUGAGCAGAAACAAGAACGUGCAGCAGAGAAAUCAUCGUCACCGCCACCACCGGAUCCUAAGACCAAUGGAGGAGGAUGGGUUGGUUGGGGUUUCUCUCCUUUCUCCGUUCUCUCAGAUCUCCAGAAGGCUGCCGAAGAUAUCUCCCGCAAUGCUGCUGUGGUUGCAGAGAAGGCAGCAAAGAGCAUUGCAGAUAUUCAAAAUGUUGCUGACGAUUCUGAAUCUUCUAAGGGGGAGGAAGAGCAAGCAGAAUCCGACAGUGAUAAGGAAACUGAAGCUAGCGGUGAAACUGACAAGCUGCGCAAAUCUGCUUUAGAUAAAUUGGAGAAAGCAAGCGAAGAUUCCUUUCUAGGCCAGGCAAGUUUUACUCGUACAUUUGCUGUUUUAAAUUGUAAUGCAUCAUUGCAGUUCCACUGGGGUUUGAAGGUUCUUGAUCACUCAGUUGAGAAUUUUGCGUCAGGAGCAUGGCAAACAUUAGGAAGUGCAUGGAAAGGGGGUUCAAAUUUGGUUCAAAAGCUUGAGCAUUCUGCUGUGAACCUUGCUGAAUCAAUUCAACAUGGUGGCAUACCAGGAGGAGCUGGUUCUGUAGCACCAUCCUUACUAGAGACUGGAAAAGCUUUUACAGCUAAGGGAAUGCAAGUGCUUGAAUAUGUUGGCAAGGAGACCAUGGAUCUGCUGAUCACAGAGACUGGUAUUGAAGUUGAGAAAAAUUCUGAACACUCUGAACGAGAAGCUGAUGAGGAUCAGUUACUUGAGGAAGUAACAUUUGAUCGAUGCUUCUAUAUAUAUGGAGGUCCAGAACAUUUGGAGGAGCUUGAGGCAUUGUCCAGCCAUUAUGCCCUCUUAUUUAACCGAAGAAAAGCAAAAUUACCCUUGGAACAGAAGUCUGUAUAUGAUGGAAAACUUAAACUUGUUCAGCAAAUGUUCAAUUUGAGUAUCGAAAUGGAUGAAAAUAAUGCAGAGUCCAACAAAGGGAGGAAAAUAGAGAAUGGAACUGAAGGAAGUAGUGAUGAGAUGAAAAAUUUACAUGAUUCAAGUGUCAGCAAAGCUGCUGACAUGGUUGCAGGAUCUACAAGUGCCUUAGCAGGACUUACUGCAAAUGACAUAGUCCAAAGAACUGCUGGGAGAUUAGAAACUCUUCACUCAGAAGGGGUUCAUAGGCUUUCUGAAAUUUGCAGUUCAGCUGUGUCUCAACUUCUGAUGCUUGGAAAAUCCAUCAUAUCCAAUGCUAAUAAAGUGCAGGAAGAAGGUGUUGAUGAGAAUAUUGUGAACAUUAACUGGCCUGAAGAUUCUGUUGAAAAAGCUAAGAUAAUCCAAGCAAAGGCACAAUCCAUGGCAGGAUAUGUUGAAGCAGUUUGCAAUAGUUUUAUCUCAGGCAUCUCUGAUGUAGCCGAGGCCCACGUAGCUGCUAUGAAGGUUGCUGCUGCAGGUUCCCAUGAUAAUAUUCCAAAGACGUCAACCCAAGAAAAAGCUAAUGCCUUCUCUGAACUUACCCGUGCUGACUGGACCACUGCAGUGAGCAAAAUCCAGGAUGGGUUACAACACUUGUCAUAUGUAGUCAUUUCCACAUCUAUGCCAUCUGCUUGAGAACUAUCUACAUACACAUUUUAUCAAUCUUACUUGUAAAUAGCAGUUCAAUUUUUUGGGCAGGUAUUUUAUUCUGUCUGAAAAUGAAAUCCGAAUUUAGAAGAAACAAUUUCUUCUGUAGAUCUUGUGUUCAGUUUGAAUGCUAGUUGCAAAUAGUAAAUGAUUUCCCAUUUCUAAAGAAA